AUGGAUUCCCAUCGCGUACUCGCGCUUCUCGCGAUCGCUUUGUUUCUGCAGUGUUGCGCAGCUACAGAAUACACUCACAAGUACACGGUCGGAGAUCCAGUAAGGCUUUGGGUGAACAAGGUCGGUCCAUACAACAAUCCGCAAGAAACGUACAACUACUAUGAGCUGCCAUUCUGCAAGCCUCAAGCUUCGAAGCGCGCCGAGCAUAAAUGGGGUGGCUUGGGAGAGGUGCUCCAGGGAAACGAGCUUAUCGACUCACAGAUGGAGUUUAAGUUCCGAAUGGACAUGCCGAAGCGAACUAUUUGUUCAGACACUCUGAAAGAGGAUACAGCGAAGAAGUUUAAGUAUUCUAUUGAGAACCACUAUUGGUACGAGCUCUUCAUGGAUGACCUGCCGAUCUGGGGAUUUGUUGGAGAAUCAGUCCCUCCUGCUACUGAGAAGGCCGACGGUGCGUCGACAGCGGAAGAGCAGAUUUUUAUCUACACCCACAAGAGCUUCGACAUUAAUUACAAUGGCGACCAAAUCAUUCAAGUGAACCUGACGUCGGAGUCGCCUCGUCCGGUGACACCCGGAACGAACCUGGAGUUCACGUACUCCGUCAAGUGGGAGCAGACGGACAUUCCUUUCCGCAAACGGUUUGACCGCUACCUGGACUACAAUUUCUUCGAGCACCAGAUCCACUGGUUCUCCAUCUUCAACUCGUUCAUGAUGGUCAUCUUUCUCACGGGGCUCGUCUCCAUGAUCCUCAUGCGCACGCUGCGCAACGACUACGCCAAGUACGCCCGCGAGGAGGACGACCUCGAGACGCUGGAGAGGGACGUGAGCGAGGAGUCAGGGUGGAAGCUGGUGCACGGGGACGUGUUCCGGCCGCCCCGCAACCUGGUGCUGCUGUCCGCGCUGGUGGGCACGGGCGCGCAGCUGGCGCUGCUGGUGUUCUUCGUCAUCAUCAUCGCCAUCGUGGGCAUGCUCUAUGUGGGCCGAGGCACCAUCGCCACCGCCUUCAUAAUCUGCUACGCGCUCACGUCUUUCGUUGGCGGAUAUGUCAGCGGCGGGUUCUACUCGAGAAACGCAGGGAAGCACUGGAUCAAGGCCAUGCUGUUGACGGCGUCGCUCUUCCCCUUCACGUGCUUUGGCAUCGGCUUCAUCCUCAACACCGUCGCCAUCGUCUACCACUCUCUGGCUGCCAUUCCCUUCGGCACCAUGGUGGUGGUGCUGGUGAUCUGGGCGUUCAUCUCCUUCCCCCUCGCCACGCUUGGCACAAUCGUGGGGCGCAACUGGAGUGGCACGCCCGACAACCCCUGCCGCGUGAAGACGAUCCCGCGGCCCAUCCCGGUGAAGAAGUGGUACCUGACGCCGUGGGUGGUGUCGCUCAUGGGCGGGCUGCUGCCGUUCGGAUCGAUUUUCAUUGAGAUGUACUUCAUCUUCACCUCGUUCUGGAACUACAAGGUCUACUACGUGUACGGGUUCAUGCUGCUGGUGUUCCUCAUCCUCGUUAUAGUCACAGUGUGUGUUACUAUAGUGGGCACCUACUUCCUGCUGAACGCCGAGAACUACCACUGGCAGUGGACCGCCUUCUUCUCAGCCGCCUCCACCUGCAUCUACGUCUACCUCUACUCCAUCUACUACUAUUUCAUUAAAACUAAGAUGACCGGGUUUUUCCAAACCACCUUCUAUUUCGGAUACACCCUCAUGUUCUGCCUCGGGCUCGGCAUUCUGUGCGGUGCUAUCGAUUACCUGGGAUCGUCCAU